AUGAAGCUUUCUGGAUACCUUUGUGCGGUAGCACUGGCCACGGCAGGCCAGGCUGCUAAGGAUAAACCUGUUUACAAGGACUCCAAAGCUUCUGUCGACGAUAGAGUCUCGGAUCUCCUCAAGCGCAUGACGAUUGAGGAGAAGACUGCUCAGUUGAUCCAGGGUGACAUGACCAACUAUCUCAAUCUUACUACAGAGGCUGUCAAUAGAACCGGCUUGGAAUGGAACUUCAAAUACCGUGCCAAUUCCAUCUGGACUGGCCUGUACGCCAACAUGACCACCAUCAAGAAGGCUGCCAAGUUGGGACAGGACUAUCUCAUGGAAGAGACUGAGCUCGGUAUUCCCGCCUUUGUUCAGAGUGAAGGUCUCCACGGAGUUUUGAUCCUCAACGGAACCAUCUUCAACUCACCCAUCGGCAUGGGAUGUUCAUUCAACCCUGAGCUCAUCGAGAAGAUGGCCGACGUUAUUGCUACGGAAUCUCGAGCUCUUGGUAUAAACCAGCUCUUCUCUCCACAAGUCGAUCUCGCCCGAGAGCUGCGAUUUGGACGAGUCGAAGAAUGCUUCAGCGAGGAUUCUUAUCUUGCGGGAGAGAUGGGUUACAGAUACGUCAAGGGCCUUCAAGCUGGAGGAGUGUCGGCUAUGGUGAAGCACUACGCUGCAUUUGCGACACCUGAACAAGGUAUCAACACCGCCCCUGUUCACGGCGGUGAGCGACAAUUGCGGUCUCUCUAUCUCCCCCCUUUUAAGCGAGCCAUCAUCGACGGCGGAGCGACCUCCAUUAUGUCCUCUUACAAUUCCUACGACGGUGUUCCUGUCGUUUCAGACUCUCAUCUCCUCACUGAUAUCCUUCGAGACGAAUGGGAUUAUAAGUACUAUGUCAUAUCCGAUGCCGGCGGUACUGCUCGCCUUGCUCAGGCCUUCAAUGUCUGCCCUCUCGAGGAUGACGAGUGCAUUACUCUCGAGGCUCUCCCUGCUGGUAACGAUGCCGAGAUGGGCGGUGGCUACUGGAGUUUCGAGAUCAUCCCUGAGCUUGUCAAAGCCGGUAAGCUAGACAACAAGGUUGUCGACACAGCAGUGUCUCGUGUUCUUCGUGCCAAGUUUGAGAUGGGUCUUUUCGAGAAACCCUUCACUGGUGUUGCUGACGAUAAGAUCUGGGACUAUGUCAACACCAAGGCUCACAAAAAGGUCGCUCGUCAGCUUGAUGCUGAGAGCAUUGUUCUUCUUGAGAACCACGAGGACGUUCUUCCAUUGAAGAAAGACGCCAAUGUUGCCGUCAUUGGACCGAUGGCUCAUGGCUAUGUCAACUACGGUGACUAUGUCAUUGGUACUGCUAUGACCAGAGGUGUCACCCCCUAUGAUGGUAUCAAAGCUGCCAGCAAGGGCAACGUUACCUUCACUCAAGGCUGUGAGCGUUGGUCCUCGGACGAAUCUGGUUUCGAGGAUGCUAUCGCUGCCGCUGAGGCUGCCGACAUCGCUGUUGUUGUCGUCGGAACUUGGACUCGCGACCAGAACGAACUCUGGGCUGGUCUCAACGCCACCACUGGUGAGCAUAUCGAUGCUAGCAACCUGAAUCUCAUCGGGGCCAUGCCCAAGCUCGUCAAGGCAAUUAUUGAUAGUGGAAAGCCCACCGUUGUCGUCUACAGCUCCGGCAAACCCAUCACUGAACCGUGGAUCUCCAAAGAGGCUGCUGCUCUUGUUCAGCAGUUCUACCAAUCUCAAGAGGGAGGUCAUGCUCUCGCUGACAUCCUCUACGGCAACGUCAACCCCUCAGGCAAGCUUUCCGUUAGCUUUCCCUACGACGUUGGCACUACCCCAAUCUACUAUGAUUACCUCAACUCUGCACGUGCCUAUCCCAAUCCUGGCAAGAUUUACGAGAACGGCACUCUUGAGUUCGGCAACAACUAUAUCCUCGAGAACCCUGAGGCUCUCUACACGUUCGGCUAUGGUCUUUCAUACAGCAAGUUUGACUUCUCCAAGAUCUCCGUUUCUAAGAAGAACGUAACGGCCUCCGACACAGUCACUGUUUCCGUCGACGUUAGCAAUAAGUCCAAGCGUGACGGGUCUGAGGUUGUCCAGCUUUACGUUAAAGACAUGAUCGCCUCGGUCGACGUUCCUCGGUACCAACUCAAGGGUUUCAAGAAGGUCGCUGUCAAGGCAGGUAAGACCGAGACUGUUAAGAUCGAUCUUAAAGUUGAGGAUUGGGGCCUAUGGAACCGCAAGAUGAAAUAUGUUGUUGAGCCUGGUGACUUUACAGUCUUUGUUGGCAACUCGAGCGAGAGCUUUAAGGGGAACGUGACAGUCACUGUCUCGUAG